GGCCCUUCUGCCUUGUUUUGAGCACAAAGAUGCAGCAGAAAGGACAUUUACCAGCCGCCUUUGGCCACUGACAUCGAGGAGAUGAAAACCACCCAUCUCAAGGAACAGAAGGCAUUUGCCUUCAUCAGAGAAAUCUUGGCAUACCUGGGCUUCCUGUGGAUGCUGCUGCUGGUUGCCUAUGGGCAGAGGGACCCCAGCACCUACCACUUCAACAGACACCUUGAGCACAGCUUCACCCAAGGCUUUUCAGCUGUGUUAAGCUUCAAGGAAUUCUUCAUGUGGGCCAACCCAUCCUCAUGAGCAACCUGUACAGUCAUUACCCAGGAACCUUCUUUGCACAUAUGAGCCUGCAGAGCCUGCACCUGUACCCCUUCACUGACGGCUGGCACCCCUUCGUGCUAGCAGCAGAGGCCAUCUACCUCCUGUUCCUCCUCUACUACAUGAUUUUGCAGGCCAAGCUCAUGAGGAAACAGAGGUGGUGCUAUUUCCAUAGCAAGUGGAAUCUUCUGGAGCUGACCAUAAUCCUGGCCAGCUGGAGUGCCCUGGCGAUGUUUGUGAAGAGGGCCAUCCUGGCAGAACGUGAAAUCCAGCGCUACUGGAACCAUGGAGAGGAGUAAGUGGUUCUGCCUUGGCCCCCAACUCCCACACUAGACCUGCUUCCUCCAGCUCUGUGGCCCCAGGGGGGGGGGGGGGGAGAACCCCCCUGGGGGGGAGGUUUGAAAUCUUGCUGACCCUCAGAUCAUCAGGGUCACUCUUUUUAAAAACAUAACUAUAGCUACCACUUAGACUCAGGUUUGGGGCCUGACACAUCUGCAGUUGAGAGGGCUCUUUAAUACAAAAUAGAACAAUAUCUUACUUUUGCAAAUCUUACCAAAACAUAAGACCAUGUGACACCCUGUGAAGGUCCCUGCCCCAAAGACGUAGUAGCACACCAGUCUGCCUACAUCUGCUACUGUUUACAUGAAGUGUCCACUCUGCUAGACCAAAUGCACUAGCCCACCAGAUGCUUGCAAGAACCCACGGUGGUAGACGUUGUUACUACCCGGACGAGGGUUUGCCUCUUGGUGGGUGUCGAGCCAAAAGACAUGACCAAGUCAAAAGAAUAGGAAAAGGAAGAAUUUUACUUGCAACAAGUAAAGGAGAACACCGAGGAUCUUUCCCAAAGCAGUGUCUCCCCAAACCACAAAAUUGGGAAAGUUUUAAGGUAAGGGUGAAUACAUAUUCGAAAGGGCUUGCGUGCACAAUGGGGAAUACAGCAUGGUAUUGGGGCAGAAGUCAUCU